GUUUCAGAUAGAUCGACUUAUAAAUAGAUAGAAAACUAGGCAGGCAGACUUAUCCGUAUUACACCCUAUGUAGUCAGUAACAGGGAUUUUAACCCCACUGCAUUGAUGGGAUUUUCAUUACAAAUAAAUCCACUGGCAUUACUUUGUUUCCUGGGAUUGGGGCGGAAGUUUGGACGUUACCGUUGAGUUAGUAAAUGAGUCUGAGGCGGUAGCGUCACCAUUGCCGAGCGCUGCAGAAAUUCACCUCGGAUUGGACUCUCCAGGUUCCCCAAUUAAGUCGCUCAUUAGCGAGGGAGGGAAGAGAGGGGGAAGAGAGAGAGAGAGAGACUGCGAAAGAGAGAGAGAGAGAGAAAGCAGACAGCUGCUCUUCACAUGAAUGCACCCAUCUUCUAAAGACCAGACUGCAAACAUGCUCUGGAAACUUGUGGAAAAUGUCAAAUACGAGGACAUCUACGAGGACCGGCACGAUGGAGUUAACAGCCACAGUUCAAGGCUGUCCCAACUCGGGUCGGUCUCCCAGGGACACUACUCAACCGCUCCUCCGCUCUCUCAUACCCCGACGUCGGAUUUCCAGCCACCAUACUUCCCUCCUCCUUACCAACCUCUCCCUUACCACCAGAGCCAGGACCCUUACACACACGUCAACGACCCCUACUCCUUGAACGCUCUGCACCAACCCCAGCAGCAUCCUUGGCAGCAGAGGCAGCGACAGGAUGUGGGUGCCGAGCCCAGCCUUCUCCACCAGCCCCGGGUUCUACCCCAGAUUACAGGGCUGGACCCUCGCCGGGAUUACCCCGGUGUGCGGCGGCCAGACGUGCUUGUCCACUCCGCUCAUGGACUCGACUCGGGCAUGGGAGACAGCCUCUCUCUUCAUAGUAUCAGCCAUCAUGGAAUGGAAGAUAUCCAGGCUUUGGAUGACACGGGUACCACUGGCAUGAGCUUAUUGGACCAGUCCGUCAUUAAAAAGGUCCCACUUCCUCAGAAGAAUAUCACAUCUCUGAUGAUGAACAAAGACAAUCUCCUCGGUGGAAUUGCGAAUCAUAACGAGGUGUUCUGCUCGGUGCCGGGACGCCUGUCUUUGCUUAGCUCCACAUCCAAGUACAAGGUGACGGUGGGAGAAGUCCAGAGGCGCCUGUCCCCACCUGAGUGUUUGAACGCAUCAUUGUUGGGGGGAGUCCUGAGAAGAGCCAAGUCGAAAAAUGGUGGAAGGUCGUUGAGAGAAAAGCUAGAGAAGAUCGGAUUAAAUUUACCCGCGGGCAGACGUAAGGCUGCAAAUGUCACUUUACUAACCUCACUAGUAGAAGGCGAAGCCGUACAUUUAGCCCGGGAUUUUGGGUACAUCUGUGAAACCGAAUUCCCUGCCAAAGCGGCAGCCGACUACCUGAACAGACAGCACACAGAUCCCAGCGAGCUGCACUCCAGGAAGAAUAUGAUCCUGGCCACGAAGCAACUUUGCAAAGAAUUUACAGAUCUGCUGGCUCAGGAUAGGUCUCCACUGGGGAACACCAGGCCCAACCCCAUCCUAGACCCAGGCAUCCAGAGCUGUUUGACUCACUUUAGCCUCAUUACGCAUGGUUUUGGCUCUCCCGCCAUUUGUGCCGCUCUCACAGCUGUCCAGAACUACCUGACGGAAGCAUUAAAGGGACUGGACAAGAUGUUCCUAAACAACAACCCAAAUAGACACACAUCUGGUGGGGAGGCAGGCACCAAAACUGGAGACAAGGAGGAAAAGAACAGGAAAUGAAAAACAUUCCUCCAAACUUUUUAUUUUCUGUAGCUUUAUAUAAAAAAAAUCUUCUAUUGACUUGGAAAAGACAACAACGCACAUAUAACGGAGCAACACUGGGUCAACUGUUUGCAAUCAAUAUGGACCUGGAUGCAAGGCAUCAAGACGUUUUUUCUUGGUAUUUUUCCAAUUUUGCAAACAUUUUGACUUCCAUUUUAUGUCAGAAUGGCAGGUGAUUCCAAGAUCUACUUGUGUGACUGCAAAUUGAUUUUUAUAGAUAUAUUAUCAAAAUCCUCUGGUCCCACGUUCAUUUCAGGUCCGAUUUCUGUGCACAGUUCUGCAUGUUAUGAGGAUGGAAACAUUCCAGCAAAAGAAAAUGAUGAUCAGGUAACAGAAACACUUAAUAGCUUUUUUUUACCCCCAUCUAUUUGGAUGCGCACUUUCAAUGUAGUGUCUUUAACGAUUUAUUACCCAAGGUUUGAUGGUUCGCACACAAAAUUUAACAUAUGGUGACAAUAAUGACAUGUAUCUGCUGAAUCUAACCCCAAGCAUAACAAUACAGGCAGUAGUGUGACUGUCCAUAACCUUCCAGUCGACAUGAAUCUAAACGGAGCUCUAACUAGAUAAUUAUUCACCCUCGAUUGCAGUUGUCAGAUCAAGUUCAAGGUGAACACCAGCACUGCAAAAAUAACUACACAAAGCAGAAUGAGUACAGACAGAAGGUGAGUUCACUUCAAAGAGACGCGCUGAAAUCCAACAGAGAUUAAUGAGGAGGGAACAUCGCAUUAUAGAAACGGGCAGUGCUCCCCCUGCAUGGCGUAGUCUAUUUAAAACUUGGUACAUUCCGGCACAUCAUUAAAUGUAACUGGUCUUCCUUUCAAUAAUUGUUCUGAAUUUAGCAGCAUCUACUUAAAUACGCAGUACGACACGAUACUCCCCUUAAGAAGCUAUUAGCAUUUUGAUCAAUCUGUUUUGGUGAUUUUUUAAAAGACCUCCUCCUUAUCCCUCGAAGGAUAGCUAUCGUGCAACCUCCCUCAGCUCAGAGCAACGUCUCUCACCAAAGCACUUUUGACCUCAGCUGAUGCGCAGUUUGGUCAAUAUGAACAUGAAUGGACACUGAAGGCACUGUCCGAACGCAACGCGUUGACCCAGUCAACCCCUCGAGAACUGAUAGCAAUUUAUAUGUAGAUGGUAGAUUUUAAUACAAACACGAGCUAAAGGCACGCAGAAAGCACAUGAGCUGUAUCAAAGCAGCUUGAUUUGGUUAGUUAGGAAGAAAAUUCAUGUGUUCGUCCGAAAGUAACGUCUUUUCAGAAUAUCGCCAUAAAUACAUGUCGAGAUCGACUUUUUUUGUUUACAUAUAAAUGUUCAGAACUGCAUCCAUCACGAUUGGAGUCAAUUGUUAAUACACUUAUUUAAGAAAUACCCCAGCGCAUUAUUUCAUUAAAUUGCUAGCAUGCACACUUGAUAAAAAAGGCUAUGUUUGAAAGAGAGAAUUGGUGCACGCGGGUCAAUAGCCACGGGUCAGUAAACUGGAUUGAGAAAAACAUGCAGAUUCUUGGGCUGUCUGGAUGUCCUGGGUGUCUCUCAAACUAAAAGACAGAGGUUACUCUAAAAAUAGCAAAGUUCUUAUUUCUUAACCAUGUUGUCUGCAUUUUCUGGAAAAAAUAGCAAAUUAUGUCCUCAUGACUGUGAAACGUUUAACAGUCAUGAAUGUAAAGUAGAUUUUUCAAAUUGCUUCCCAUAGUUUUCGGUCAGUGGAACCGCGCUGUCCACAUAUCUCGCUUGCAUGCAAUGUUGAAACAAGUUCAAUAACAACGUUGCAAGAGAAGGCGAGGAAGUUGAGGGCGACACAAAACAAAUUUCUCACACGAAAGGUAAACGAUAAACGUUGUAGGGAAUCUGAUUAUUCCUCUUAAAUCUCAGAGGUUCCGAGAAUGAAUGUUCCACUACCUGCACUUAGACAUAUUUUUGAGAACAACCAGAUACAUUAGUUAUCUAUUUGGAAGCAAUGCGUUACUGUAAUAUUCAGCAAUUUCAAACAUAUUUACAUGUUUCAACUAUUGCAAACAGCUCUGAUCUAUUCUGUUUUCAUCAAAGUAGUCAUCGUUGUUGAUAUGCAUAUCAUGAAUGUCAUCAUACUAUAAUGUGCAGCCAUUUUUCACAUUGCUGCAUCUGAAUGGUUGGCCAUCUAUCAAUACUCCUUUUUAACGAUACGCAUAGGCAUAUUACUCUACUAAAAGAUUUUUAAAAGCAAAUAUAAGAUCAUACGCUUGGCAUUCUACAAAGUCAAUGCUCCUUUGAGAAUGAGUUUCCUUUUCACGUAUAUUCCUUGAUUUUCACUCUUUGCCCUAGGCUAUGCAUGUCAAUGGAAGAGUUACCACAAGCCGAACCUGUGCUGCUCCUUGAGUCCACAGGUGGUAUGUGGCGGAGUGUUAUCCCCUGUGGGGAUAUAAACAAACCCAAGGCCCAAACUGGUUAAACUCAUCAGAUACAUAGCAGGAAUGUUGAAAUCCUGGGAGAACACGGGUGUGAAAGGAAUGUUUAAUUGGUUUGUUACUUAGGCACUUACAUGAAAAAGCAACGGUAGUGCUUUCUUAGCGAAUUCAUAGUAAUCUUGUUAACUUAAACUUCUUAAAAAUAUCCUGAGUUAAAACAUCACUUAAAUAAGAUCAGGGUCCCUGGGAUAUUACAAGGGAAAGAAAUCUAUGGGAAAGACUCUGCAUUUUGUUGCAUUUUCUUUAGAAUUCUGUACUGAUGAAGAAAGAACAGGAUUAAUUUAUUUUGUCUGCUAAUUGUUUUAUUAUCACUGACUCAAGGCUCUGACUGUCACUGAUAAAAAAAGAUAAGCGGUGAUCAAUUCCAAAUCAUGAGGAUAAGCGGAUUACUUAAAGUUGACUCUUUGUCCAAACAAUAAGAUGCACGCUCCUAGGAACAUAGAACCAUAGGACGUAGGAGCAGAAGCCGUUCGAGAUCAUGAUUGAUCUGAUUGUGGCCUUACCUCUACUUUCCCGUCAACAACCGUAACCCUUCUAACGAACUCCUAACUAAUUCAGCCUUGAAUGACUACAAUAAGUCAGCAUUCACUGCCUUUUGUGGAAAAUAAUUCUACAGACGAAAACUCCCCCCCCCCCCCCCCCGCCCUAAGAGGGGAAAAAUCCGCAUCUGUCUCAAAAGCAAAACAUCUUAUGCUUGACGUGCGUCCCCUAGCUUUGACCCCACCACAAGAAGAACCAUUCAUCUUGUAUCCAACCUCUCAAGACCUUUUGUGUUUCAGUAAGAUCACUUCUCAUAAGCCAAUGCAUAAGCGUCCAACUUGUUCAACCUCGCUCCAUAAAAUAAUCUCUACACCCCAGGAAUGAGUCAGUGAACCUUCUUUUGACUGUGCCUAAAGUAUUUAGAUCUUUCUCUUCAAACUGUUAAAAGAACUGUACUCCACACUCCAGACUUGUCUCCCUAAGGUCCCUGUACUGCUGCAGUAAAACCUCCCUCCUUCUUUAUUCCAUUCCGCUUGCCAUUAAAUGUAUUGCGGAUUUUCAUGUAGCUUAAACCGAGGUCCUUUCCCUAUGAUUAUGAUAUCUUCCUGUUUUUCUCUAAAACGAUACAAUGUUGGUAUUUCGAACAGAUAAACUCAGUGUUUAACCAGGCAAAAUCCUAGCACUGCUUUUGUUAAAGCACGACCCGCUUCCAUUCUGUCAAAGUUCCAGGAUUGAGUCUCGCGAAAAAUAACCUGCAAUACUGUUGUAUGAGCAGGGAGCAGUUUAGUUUUUCAUUGCACCUCCCUUUUCUCUGAACAGGUGAGGAACUGCUGCCCAAGGAGCAAUUUGUGCAUUAGAUUUGCUGACUGCAGAUUCCUGGGAUUCCAGGGUCAUUGCAGUUCAAAAGGCACACGUAGAAUUGUUUAACCUCAUAGUUAAAGCCAAAUAAGAUGAAAGCUAACUACGGUACAGACUAGAAGGCAAUUAUAGCACCGCCCUAAUGAAACCUGUGUCUGAGCCAGAAGGCCUGGUUUCAAGUCUCAUCUGCUCUAGAACCUGUGUCAUAACACGCCCUACAAAUGAUCCAGAAAGACAGUGGGAUGAAUGCUCCCAUCUUAAGAAACAAAAAGCUGCAAGGAAGGGGUAAAACUUGCCAAAGGAGUUGGGAUUUAGCUUGCUGAGGCCAAUUUUGUUCUCGUUCUGUACGCAGGCACAGAGUUGACAGCACAGAAGGGGCUAGUUGCCCAUGGUGCCCGUGUAUAGACUAAAACCUCAUCUCGCUUUCCCUCUCCCGCCGGUCGGAUCUUUCAGAGAUCUAUGUUAUCCUAUGUGCAAUGGAAGAGUAGUGAGACAUUGACAAUGACGAAAUGUUCCAAGUUGGCCAAGAGUUAGCUUAAAACUCGGGUCACAUUGAUCGUGUAGCUAGACGUGAAAAUACUGGCUCUAACUAGAAAAUAAUUUAAAUGAAUGGAAAGCAUUUAUUCAUGGUGGUGUUUAGCGCAUCUCUUCCCUUUGUAGAACGAACGAUAAGCAAAAACGUUUAAAAGUGCCAUUGCCAAUUAGUUCAGAUUCAAGCAUCGAUUGAAGAGCAUGAUUUUCACUUCAUCGUUGAAUUGCUGGAAGGAAUAUUUCACCCCCUACUGAUUUCGAACCGUCUCAUCGUCAGUCCCAAGUUCCUCGUAGCCAACCAAUAGUCCACUGGCAACAUGGGCAGGUUAUCUUAAUUUCAAUAAUCUUCUGUAUCAGCUAACAUGUAUCAAACAUUUGAUGAUCAAUAGUUGGGUAAAUCAGGUGUAAGUGUUCCAGAAAGAAUUAAUUCAAUAUCGAGUUGCGAUCUGAACAUUCUUGUUUGCCAUACCUUUCAAAUGAACAUUUGUCCCUCAACCCCCCCAAAUGACAUCAUUUGAUACUGAAUAUGACAAAUUCCUCAUUUGCAGAAUAUGUAAAAAUUCAAGUUUGAUCCAAACUUCAUAAUUUUUCAAUUAUCCUACCAGAGAACCCCUUAUUCUACUUCAUGUCAGCUUUUGACACUGAUUUCGGGAAAAAUGCACAGUUCUUCAUAAAAAUGUUUAUUCCUUUAGCUGGGAUCCUAUGUUGACAGAAAUGUGGUUUGAAUUCAUUCACACAAUGUGCCAAAAACAUAUAUGAUUAGAUUACGUAGUUUGGACCGUUCCCAUCCUUGUCACAUGCUAGAAAAAUGUUUUGACUCUGAUGUCUAGAUAACCUGUCUUUUUUAAUUACAAUUUCCAAACAGUGAUAUAACUUGGAACAUCAAUUCUGCUGGAUCUCCAAUGGAAAUCAGCUAGGAGGGGGAGGGCGGGUUGUCAUUGUCCAUGUUUGUAUAUAUUUAUUUAAUGUUAAUUUAAUGGGAUUGUAAAUAUGGUGAGCCAGUAGCGGGGUAUUUAUCUAUGAUUCCAUACCUCUGUGAGUGGGUUGAAAAUGCUUGACGCUAGAUAGUCCACUAUCUGAUUUCCGUUCACUAGACACAUUGUAAAGGUGAUGGGUAGAACUUGUUUAUUGUCCAGUUGUGGUCUCAUUUUAAGAAAAAAAAAGUUGAGUACCUUGUGAUUUUGUUGUAUUUUAUUCAGUUUCAAUGUGAUGCUGCUUCACUUUUCAGACAGAUUUUGUUGCUAGGUCUGUCCACCUACUGGUUGUUUGAAUGAAAACCAAUUUGUCUUCAAGAAACAAACGAACACAUAAUAAACCUUGCUUCCGAAACGAAA